AUGAGCACCACGAAAGUGUUCAGCGUCAAUGGCAUGACUUGCCAAUCAUGUGUUAAAAACAUCGAACGAAAUGUCGGUAAAAUCGAUGGUGUAAAAUCCGUUAAAGUGUUAUUGGAUGAAAAAGAAGCCCAUGUGGAAUUCGACAGUGAUAAAACAACCGAUCAAAACGAUAGAGAAAAACCAGACGAAUUGGGUUUCGAUGAUUCAUUUCAAAUAUUUGCGAACAAUUUAAUCCUCUACAUUAUAGUGAGACUCGCGCAUCUGACAACUUCAUAUCUGACCAAUGAAUACUCAUCAGUACAAUACGAAGGAUUUGAAUUCAACCUUACAAUACAAUUCUGUUGCUUCCGACUUUUUACUAUCGGAGAAGAAUUUUCAGUCGGAAGAUAUGACAAAAUUUAA